CUUUUGGACCCAACUAUAUAUUAAUAUCUAUAAUUGUAUUACUGAAUAUUCAUUUCUAUACAGAGUGAAAAUACUAUGUAUACAAAAUACUGUCAAACAUAAAAUAUAAUGAUCCUUGUACGUAAAGACUGAAUUAUAAUGUGUGAGAAAUCCUAUUCAGUGUGAAAUUAACACAGCAUGUUGUUUACAUAAUACAUUAUUGGCUUUUAUAUUGUAAUUUUACUGAUCCUAGCUGAAAAACCCUGGAUAAUGUGUGUAAAAUAAUAAUAACAUGAUCUAUGAUACACUAAUUCAGUAUUUAUUCACAGAACUUGGCUCUAUCAGAAUGGUUAAACAGACUCUCAACUCCACACUGGACUCAGAUCUGCCUGAUGUCACAUCACUGAACUUACUGGAUCAAGAAUCCACUCCUAAGAAUAAAACACACACUCCGGUGUCUCCUAUGAGAAAAGUAUGUGUUCAGUCCCUUAAAAAGAGGGUCACUGCAGUGUCUGCAGAACGGAACAGAGUCAGGAUGGAGAGAGAGGGAACACCUCUGGGAUUCCCCGACUCUGUGUACUUUCAUGCUGCAGCUAUUUUCCAGAAAACUCAUGUGGAGAAAGACCUUGCACACCGACUCAUUCGCUAUGGGCACAUCAGUCCCAGUGGUGAUGAUGAUGAUGAUGAUGAUGAUGAUGAUGGUGAUGAAGAUUCUGGGAUUGUCGACGACAGUGAUCCCAGCACCAAGCAGAAUGAGCACUGGGCAUAUGAGCUGGCGUUUAACACCCUGAAAUACCAAGAUCUGCUGGAGGAGAUCCUGACUGACAGCUACUUUUACCGUUCUCAGCAAAUGCCAGAUGACCUCAUGGCUCUUGUGGUGGUCAUACUCUAUGAUCUCCUGGACAGGAAGUUCCAGACCAGAGAGCCAAUUAAAAGAGUAGAGGAAGGACUUAUAAAGGAAGUGAGACAGGUGGAGGACAGCCUUUAUCGGUUCAAGACCAAACUGGAAGCCUCACUGGCUCAGUACAGAAUAAAGCAGAAUUUGCUGACAAUUGACAGUUACCUACCACCAGCUGUGAGGGCUAAACAACAAAGAUCGCAAACAGUACCGCUCUAUGCCUGGGUCAACACCCUCAAAGCCAGCAUUGAAGACAUGUGUGAGACUCUGAGGACAUCAGGCUUCACUCAGGUCGAUUCACACAUUAACCUGGUGGGAAAUGUGUUCUGUAAGGACAAACACUGUUCUAAUGUCCUGCUGUUUCCCAGAAGGCUCAGAAAACAAUUGGAGAAAACCAAACUAGUGACAGAACACACACUCAUAAUACAGGAUAAAUCUCGCAGUCUGGCUGCAUGUGCGGUUCACCCGCUGUUGGGUAAGGGUGGUGAUGUUCUGAUGGUGGGGUCUUUCUCUGCUCUGACUGUGGCUCAUGUGGCUGUCCAGGCCACUGCCUGUUCUGGCUGUGUACAUGUAUGUGGGGUCCUUAAUGUGUCCACCUUCAACAAGGAAUUACAAUCUAUCCUCACCUCUACUGGCUGCAAAAAUGUGAAACUGAUGUCUGAGCACUUCAAUGAGCUUAAUGAAUGGGAUUUGCGUAUUCAGAAGGUUCGGGUGAUUGUGUUGCUCCCACAGUGUUCUGCCUCAGCGCUCUGUAACCCUGUUGAGUUUAUCCUCAAUGAGAAUGGAGACAGAGGGCUGUUGCAUGGCCUAUCUAAAGGAACCAUUUCUGACAGUAAACUGGACGCACUAGUUGCUAAGCAGAAACAAGACCUCAGCCAUGCACUUAACUUUCCUAAAGUGAAAGGCAUAGUGUACUGCACUUGCUCAGUAUAUCCUGAGGAGAAUGAACAACUUGUGAAGAGAGCGCUUGAAAACGCAGACAGCAAAGCAAAAGCUGUGGCCUUCAGGCUGGUCAGUGCAGGAUGGGAUGAUGAGGAAGAGAAAUUUUUCAGAACUGAAGCAUCUGAAGUCACAAAUGGCUGUUUCCUCUGUGUGAUGAAAAGAGAGCAAGACCCAGCAGAGGCAGAAACUGUGCAGGAUAUUUUGGCUCGAGCUGCUGCUAAAGGUUUGUUGGGGGGGCUGAUGCCUCCUGAUCCCCUGAAUGAAGAGAAACCAAAAAAGAGGAAAAAACAAAAAGGAUCCACAUCAAUUCAUCCGCCUUCCUCUCUGAUUGAGCCUCCCGCAUCAGUGAUGAUCAGUCUGAGUCCUCCAGCUGACAGUGUGCUCACCGAUACCAUCAGUCAGACAGCAGCCGCUCCAAAACACCCUUCUACAGUCCUGAAUGACAGUUCCACAAUCCUAGAUCACACUUCAGUAACUAAAAGUCAAACUUCCACAUUUAUGGAUGGCACAUUUAGCACUACAAAUCAUUUUAGUGUUCUAGACCCAUUGGACAAUGAUAAAAAACAGUCUUCCGUUGUGAGAAAGAAGCGACCAAAAGGUCAUAAGCCUCAAGCUAAAGUUGCUAAGCAAUCCAGGAAGACGUCUAAAUCGCACGCUCGUAAAGAACGGCAGAGCAGGUCUCGACCUCCACGCAAGAGACUCCUGCACCUUCGGCCAUCUCAGCACGCUGCUGUUAACGCCAUUAAACCAACUCCACCUCAAACAAAACCUGCUGCCAUCAGAACCCCAGUGUCAGCAUAUAGAUCCAGACAUUUGCACAAUAGAGCCACAUCUCAACGAGAAUCCGUUAAACCAAAAAAGGAAAUGAUCAAAUCAGAGGCCAGUAAGCCGUACAGGGAGGAAAUCCAGUCAAGAGAGCUCAGUCUCCCUCCCGUUUAUCCGCUCAGUCCUUCACGCCUCUCUUCCUCGCCAUAUCGACCGUACUCCUCCAACUCUUCUAAUUUCUCCAGCAGUCUUUCCUCUUCCAGCAGCAUUGCCAAAAGCAGAGACUCCAUGUUACGUUCACAGGCAUGGCGCUGAGUUAUAACCUGUUGUUCAUACAUUCACAUUGUGUGCUUCCAUACAAAAGAAUUGUGGUAAACAAUGUGUGCAGACAAAUAUAUUACCAGCGAAGGCAAGGUACUGAUCUCAUGACUAAAACAGUGUAGUUGAUUUAUUACUGAUAUAUGCUGUCCGUUGGCAUUACUGUAACUGUUUGUAUCAUGUAAGCUAUGUUAAAUAAAUCAUUUUAUUUGUGAGAAAACUGAGAUGGUUUGGUAGUAAAAAUCCGUGGUGGUCAAUAUGCACCACAGUUUAUGUAAUGAAUAACGUAUUAACUGUUAAAAUAAUAAAAUAUAAAAGAAAAUAUGUUUCAUUGUGACUUUAUAAUUAUGCCACUAAAGCUUUAUUGACCCAUAUUUUGUAAAAUAUAAAUAUCUGGUUACACUUUAUUUCGAGUCCACUUUAGACAUUCUACUAACUAUAAGUAACUACAACUACAUGCCAACUAACUCUCAUUAGAGUAGACUGUAGUAGACUGUUGGGUUUAGGUUAGUAGAAUAAGUUGACAUGUAGUUGCAAAGUUACUUGUAGUCAGAAUGUCUGUUGGGAGACCAUCGAAUUAAAGUGUUAGCAGAUA